GUAUUAAAGUUUAAAAACGCUUUCAUUCCAAACAUUGUAAACUCAUAAACUUCAUUUUUAAAUAAAAUACCCUAUAUAACAGUUUACUAUCUCACAAAACUUUGUAUUUGCUACAGCAAGAUAAAAUGAAAAGCGUUGCAGUAUUCAUCCUUAUUGCUUUGGCACUGUCCUCUGCCCAGGACUUUGAAUGUAAAGACACAAACACUGUUAACUAUUAUGAUAAUUUGUUGAAGUGUCCUGAUGGCCUUAUCUGCAACAGCAAACAAGUUAAAGUUGGUAGUGCCAAACCAAAACCAUGUGUAGCACCAAGCGCAAUUUGUGAUUACUCUUGCGACGCGAAGAACAACGACAAUGUCAUUAUAAAUUCAAUCAGCUUUCCCUGUAAAACAGGCUCAGAAUGCAACGCCAAGAAAACAUCAUGUGAUGUUUGCGUUCCAAAAAAAUGUGCUGAAGGCGUAUAUUCAUGCAAAGAAGGCAAACCUGAACAGUUUUUCAUUGGCCUUUAUGAAGGUAACUGCCCAGCGGACUACAUUUGCAACACACAUAACGUACAACCAUGCACUCCAUGUGUCUGCAAAGAUAAAAUUUCAUGUCCUCCAGCAACUCGCAAAAGAAGCAUUUUCCAGAGGUCUUAUUAUGCUUGAACAAGACGUGAAACUAUCUACACAACAAUAUUUUAUUAUCAUUUAAACAUUAGUUUGCGAAAUAUGUACUUAUUUGAGAAAUAUAAAACAAUUAAGAACUGUAAAUUCAUUUUAAUUAAUAAAAGUAUAUGAUUGACAUGA